AUGGAGAUGGAUGUACCACCCAAAAUGCUUGCCUCUCUCACCAUGACCAUACUAAUGACGAUGAUGGCCACCUCCAUGACACUUGCGGCGGAUGCAGCGGUGCUCAAAGGACAAGCAAGAGCACUCCUCAUCUGGAAAGAUAGCCUCGACAACCAAAGCCAUCAAGCCCUGCACUCCUGGGGAAACACAUCGACGCCUUGCAACUGGCGCGGCAUCAGUUGUGAUACCGGUGUGCAGCGACACCAGCAUUGGCCAGUGAUCAGCGGCAUCUCUCUGCGGGGUAUGCGGCUCAGAGGGGCUCUGGAGUCCCUCAACUUCUCGGCCUUGAGGACCUUGACACGCCUUGACCUCUCACACAACCUCCUCACUGGGAGCAUUCCUCCUAGUAUCGAGGUCCUUCGCGAGCUCCAUGCUCUUCUUCUGCAAGGCAACCAGAUAAGAGGCUCAAUCCCACUAGGUCUAGGAAAUCUCACAAAAUUGUAUUCCUUAAUGCUUCAUGAAAAUGAACUCUCCGGUGAAAUACCAAGCCAGAUAGGCAACAUGAGUAGUCUUGUCACCCUCAACUUGUCAAGCAAUCACUUGGUUGGUCAUAUCCCUUGUGAAAUAGGAACAUGA